AUGGGUCUUACUGGUAAGUUGGUUGGCCAAACGGAGAUCAAGUCCGAUGGAGAUGUGUUCCAUGAGGGGAAAAAGAAAGUUGCAAAGGAGAUAAUCGAAGCCAUUGAUGAAGAAAAGAAGCUAGUCACAUUCAAGGUUACUGAAGGAGAUCUCAUGGAGCUUUAUAAGACAUUCAUCACAACUGUUCAUGUUGAUACGAAGGGUGAAAGCAACAUGAUGACAUGGACUUUCAAGUAUGAGAAGUUGAAUGAAAACGUCGAAGAUCCCAAUACAUUGAUGGACAUGUGUAUUAAUACGACCAAAGACAUUGAAACUCACCAUCUCCAACAAUAG